AUGGGUGCAGAUAACCUCCUUAGGAGAUGUGUGACAAGUGAGGAAGCCAAAGGCAUACUGUGGCACUGUCACAAUUCACCAUGUGGUAGGCAUUAUGGCGGAAGCAAAACAGCCGCCAAAGUUGAAAUGGAACAUAAGGCAUAUUGGGCUCUAAAAUUUCUGAACUUUGAUGAGAAGGCAUCCAGAGAGCAUAGAAAGAUCCAGUUGCUGGAACUAGAAGAAAUGCGAUUAACAGCUUAUGAAUCUUCGCGACUUUACAAAGAAAAGGUGAAGAUGUAUCACGAUAAGAAGUUGUUGAAGAGAGAAUUCAAACUGGGACAAGAAUUCGAUCUUACGGUGCAAGAGCUGUAUGACCCACAAUCUCAGGAUCCUGAAAGGACAUGGGUUGUCAAUGGCCAAAGACUAAAACUGUAUCAUGGAAAUGAAUUUAUCAGGACACAGGACACUGUUCAUUUGAUCGCCAAGUGA